UCCUCUCUACUGUGCAGAAGAACCAGCUCCUCAAUCCUACCUGUUCCUUGGUCCAUCGGUGUCCUGCUUUCACCAGCUGUCUUCUCUCCCCGGUCUGCAUUCUCUGGUCAUCUCCUGUACUAUGUCCACAGCCUCUGGUCAUCUCCUGUACUAUGUCCGCAGUCUCUGGUCAUCUCCUGUACUAUGUCCGCAGUCUCUGGUCAUCUCCUGUACUGUGUCCGCAGUCUCUGGUCAUCCACUGUACUGUGUCUGCAGCCUCUGGUCAUCUCCUGUACUGUGUCCGCAGUCUCUGGUCAUCCACUGUACUGUGUCUGCAGUCUCUGGUCAUCUCCUGUACUGUGUCGCAGUCUCUGGUCAUCCCUGUAUGUGUGUCCGCAGUCUCUUGUCAUCCCCUGUACUAUGUCCGCAGUCUCUGGUCAUCUCCUGUACUGUGUCCGCAGUCUCUGGUCAUCCCCUGUACUAUGUCCGCAGUCUCUGGUCAUCUCCUGUACUGUGUCCGCAGUCUCUGGUCAUCUCCUGUACUGUGUCCGCAGUCUCUGGUCAUCUCCUGUACUGUGUCCGCAGUCUCUGGUCAUCUCCUGUACUGUGUCCGCAGUCUUGGUCAUCCCU